AUGGCGGCGAGAGGCGGCAGGAACGGGCUUCUGGAGAAAUGGAAAAUUGACGACAAGCCAGUAAAAAUUGACAAAUGGGACGGAUCUGCAGUUAAAAACUCCUUGGAUGAUGCAGCCAAAAAGGUCCUCCUGGAGAAAUACAAGUAUGUUGAAAACUUCUCCCUCAUCGAUGGCCGCCUCAUCAUCUGCACCAUCUCUUGCCUCUUCGCCAUUGUGGCCUUGGUGUGGGAUUACUUGCACCCAUUCCCCGAAUCAAAACCCGUUCUGGCCUUUUGCGUGUUCACCUAUUUCCUGAUGAUGGGGGUCCUCACCAUUUAUACCUCAUACAAAGAGAAGAGCAUUUUCCUUGUGGCCCACAGAAAGGAUCCCACUGGGAUGGACCCCGAUGACAUCUGGCACCUCUCGUCCAGUCUCAAACGGUUUGAUGACAAGUACACCCUGAAGAUCACCUUCAUCAGUAGCAAGAGCAAGCAGCAGCGGGACGCCGAGUUCACCAAGUCGAUAGCCAAAUUCUUCGAUGAUAACGGCACAUUAGUCAUGGACAUGUUUGAACCCGAGGUCUCCAAACUCCAUGACAGUUUGGCUGCUGAGAAGAAAACAAAGUAA